UAUUUCAAGUAUAUAUCUUCUUUUUCAUUUUUAUUGUCGUUUUUUUCUUUUAAUAUAUCUACACAUGCAAAAGUCUGCGCGACGAACAGACUCAUAGCGUCGAAUCGUUCAUUCCGUCCUCGUUUAAUGAAUGGCCUGCGUGACGCGUGUUGUAGAGUUGGGUGUAGUUCGUUACAAUUCGGAGUAGUCAUGUCAAGGGUGUUGUCCGUGCGCAAUUAACUCGAAAGAAAUACAGAGAAAAGAUGUGGCUUUAUACGUUAUUAUUAUCCCUAUGCUGUUUAGCGUUACAUCAAAUUUACGGCCAACGCCUUAACAACACAAUCACGUGGUGCACAGUAUCCGAGAGUGAACAGAACAAAUGCACAGCCUUCUCCAGGGCAGUUGAUCGUGAGAUAGGCUCCUUUGGCUACAGCUACUUUUCGCUGAAAUGCAAGCAAGCCUUCAAUAAAGAGGAAUGCAUGUCCAUGCUGGACCAUGAGGAGGCGCAGAUAACAACACUAGAUGCUGGAGAGGUCUUCAUAGGCGGACGAUAUCACAGUCUUGUACCGAUAAUGCAGGAAGUCUAUGAAAAUGGUUUAAAUUAUGAAUAUGCAGUUGCAGUAAUUAAGAAAGGCUCUCUGUCCGACGUACACAAUCUGUAUGAUCUUAGAGGCAAGAAGGGCUGUUUUGCUGGUGUUGGAACACUAGCUGGUUGGGUUAUUCCUGUUAACAAUCUUAUGAAGUAUGGAGGAAUGGAAGUUAUCGACUGCAACAAUCAUGUAAAGUCAACGAUUAAAUUCUUUGGACCUAGUUGCGCAGUGAACUCAUUAAUUGAUAAAUACAAUCCACUCGGUGACAAUUCUGACCAGUUGUGCAGUCUGUGCAUUGGAAAAGUACCCGGCGGCAAGUGUACAAAUCAAGAUCCUUACUCGGGAUAUGAGGGAGCUUUCCGCUGCUUGGUUGAAGUUGGUGAAAUUGCCUUCUUGGUGCAUACCACUGUACAAGAAAUGACUUCGACGACAUUUGAUUUUAGUUCCGUGAAGAAGGAUCAAUUUGAACUGCUGUGCAGAGACGGUAUCCGUAGACCCGUGGAUGAUUACAGAUCUUGCAACUGGGGCACUGUGCCGUCCCGCGCGAUAGUUACGUCUUCGGCGACUAAUUUCGACAUGCGUCGAAAGUAUCAAAGAUUUUUAGAGAAGGCCGUUCGGAUAUUGCACAAGAAUAAGAAUGACACAACAGGAUUCAAUCGUUUCGACAAUAAUCAGGAUUCCAAUCGUUUCGACAAUACUCAGGAUUCCAAUCGUUUCGACAACAAUCAAGGCUUCAAUCGUUUUGACAACAAUCAAGAUUCUAAUCGUUUUGACAAUAAUCAAGGCUUUAAUCGUUUCGACAACAAUCAAGGCUUCAAUCGUUUUGACAACAAUCAGGAUAAUUUCGAAAAUCGUCCGGGUUACAGAUUUGGCGAAAGUGACUAUAAUAGAAGUGGCUUUAGGAAUCCGAACGAAUAUAACACAGACAAUUGGGAUCGUAACGCAUACGAUCGUAGCUUCGGCGGCGGGGGCGGAAGAGGAGGAUUUAACCCAUGGGAUAGGCCCUCACUCAAUGAUACAUUCGAUUACUAUAACAGAGAAAGGGAUCGCAAUGAACCUACACAUGUGCAACCGAUAGAAGUAUUUGAUUUAUACGAAUCGGCGCCUAGAUAUGGACUGCAGCAUAAUUUAAUGUUCUCUGAUUCUGCUCGCGAUUUCGUACAAUUAUCUGAAAAAGAUCAAACAUACACUGGAUACUUAGGAAGGUCUUUAGAUCACGUGUUAGGCGUGCGCCACUGUCCUGUAAAUCGAAUGACAUUAUGCGUGACAUCUGAUCCAGAAAUGGAAAAAUGCAUAAAGAUGAAGAUCGCUUUGAAAGCCCAGCUUUUGAAACCAGAAUUACUUUGUCACAGAGGUCACAGUCAAAUAAAUUGUAUGCAGUUGAUAAGAAGCGGAAUUGCAGAUGUGACUGUACUAGAUGCCAGUGAUGUCUACACUGCUGGAUUGCAGUUUGAACUGAUACCAUUUAUAUCCGAAAUGUAUAAUUUAGAUACACCAGAAUAUUAUGUUGUUGCUGUCGCGAAGGAGGAGGAUGACAAUACGGAUCUAACAUAUCUUAAAAACAAAUACACUUGUCAUACUGGAAUCAAUACGGCUGCGGGAUGGGUUUAUCCACUGGCAUAUCUCAUUUCCAACAAAUGGAUCAGAGGAUAUGGUUGCGAUUCUGUGCGCGCCGCCGCCGAAUACUUCAGCAAGUCUUGUGUACCGGGCGCGCUCAGUACCGAAUAUAAUAUAGGCGUGCCUUACGAUAAUAUGUGUGAUUUGUGUCACGGGGUGAGUUACCGAUAUUGCCGAAGAGACGCUUCAGAGGAUUACUUUGGAUACACAGGUGCUUUUAGAUGUCUAGUGGAGGGAGGUGGCGAUGUGUCCUUCGUGAAACAUACAACGGUCGCAGAGAACACUGAUGGCAAGCGCAGGGAGUUCUGGGCGCGCAAUACCUUUACGAAAGAUUUCGAGUUGCUGUGCCCGGAUGGUACGCGUCGACCAACUGCAGAUUAUGAGAAUUGCAACCUAGGCAAAGUCGCCGCUAAUGCUAUAGUCACGCGCGGUGGUUAUUAUGGCUACAAUGAGACGCAGAUCAACGCAUAUAUCAAUCUAUUUAUAUACGCACAACAGUUCUAUGGUCGAAAAGAACAGGACGAGUUUAGCUUUAGCAUGUAUUAUAGUCCAUCGCCUUAUAGCGAUCUCAUUUUUCAAGAUGCCACUCAGCAGCUGUUAGUAAUCCCGCCAAAUAAGCGAGAGUAUAGCGCGUAUCUUGGACCAGAUUUUAUGAGAGCUAGGAGAAUCGUAGAUUGCAAUGCAGGCGCAUCAGCGAUAAGCUACUCGUUAUUCGCUACGAUAAUUAUGAUUAUGUUUACUUUCGCAUUUGGUAGAUAAGUGUCACGUCUGCGAUUUGCACUCUUAUAUUUGAAUAAGAAUUCGUAUCGAGAUUACAAACGAAAAAUAGAGAUCUGACAAAUAAAUCUGAUUUAACACGUUUUAGCAAUUGGCAGUUAUAUAUAUUAUAUUUAACAAUAUACAAUAUUUUAUCGCUACUACGUAUUGCUAAUAUUAUUAAAAAUGUAUUUUAAAUAUCAAUCAAGUAUUCUUUUUUAUACUUUUUACACAUAUAUUUUUACAAAAGUACAAAUGACUGAGAGAGAUGAAGUUGAAUAUUAACUUAAGCAUGAUUGCUGCCUUUGCGUCCGUCCAACGGAGUCAUAUCUCUAAGCGUAUCCGUCCAAAUACAAAAAAAUUAUCGAUAAUUUUUAGGGAUUAUUGUAUUAUAUUUAAUAACUUGAUAUGUGUAUAUUUUAUACCAUCUACUAAUGUUUUUGUAGUAAUAAAUCUUUAUAUAAGGUUU